AUGGCUGCGCCAAUCUCUACCGUUGCGGAAACCAAGGAGCUCCGGGGUCUGAACCUCAUCGCUGCUCAUUCACAUAUCAGGGGACUCGGUGUAGAUGGUGACUCUUUACAACCGCGGCCGGCAUCUCAGGGCCUUGUGGGUCAGGAAAAGGCUCGAAAGGCGGCUGCCGUUAUUCUCCAGAUGGUCAAGGAGGGCAAAAUUGCCGGACGGGCUGUUCUGAUUGCAGGCCCACCCAGCACAGGUAAAACGGCCAUAGCUAUGGGUAUGGCACAAUCCCUUGGGUCUGAUGUCCCAUUUACUAUGCUAGCGGCUUCCGAGAUCUUCUCCAUGGAGAUGUCAAAAACAGAGGCCUUGACGCAGGCUUUCCGAAAAUCUAUUGGAGUACGGAUCAAAGAGGAGAGUGAGAUUAUUGAGGGUGAGGUGGUAGAGAUUCAAAUUGACCGGAGUGUCACUGGUGGCAACAAACAAGGAAAGCUCACAAUCAAAACCACGGACAUGGAAACGAUAUACGAUAUGGGCACGAAGAUGAUUGAUUCAAUGACAAAGGAAAGGGUUAUGGCUGGAGACAUUAUCUCGAUCGACAAGUCGUCAGGCAAGAUCACCAAGCUAGGACGCUCUUAUGCCCGAUCUCGCGAUUACGAUGCGAUGGGCGCGGACGUCAAGUUCGUCCAAUGUCCCGAGGGAGAACUUCAGGUUCGCAAGGAGAUCGUACACACAGUGAGCCUACACGAGAUUGAUGUCAUCAACUCGCGUUCGCAAGGGUUUUUGGCGCUCUUCUCUGGUGAUACCGGUGAGAUUAGGAGUGAGGUCAGGGACCAGAUCAAUACCAAGGUCGCCGAGUGGAAGGAAGAGGGCAAGGCUGAGAUCAUCCCUGGUGUAUUGUUUAUAGACGAGGUGCAUAUGCUCGACAUUGAGUGCUACUCCUACAUCAACCGAGCCUUGGAGGCGGAGCUUGCUCCUAUUGUGAUUAUGGCAAGUAACCGCGGCCAUUCGCGGAUCCGAGGAACGACAUACAACUCUCCUCAUGGCCUGCCGCUUGACUUCCUUGACCGCGUCGUUAUCGUGAGCACACAGCACUAUUCAGCAGACGAAAUCAGACAGAUUCUGGCAAUCCGCGCUCAAGAAGAGGAGAUCGACUUGUCCCCAGACGCUUUAGCUCUUCUGACAAAGAUCGGCCAGGAGUCCAACCUUAGAUACGCCAGCAACAUCAUCACCACAUCACAUCUCCUCAGCCAGAAACGGAAAGCAAAGGAGGUCAGUGUUGAUGAUGUUCAACGAAGCUAUCGAUUAUUCUACGACCCCGCUCGCAGCGUCAAGUUCGUCAAUACGUAUGAGCAGCGAUUCAUCGGCGACCAAGGGAAUGUGAACUUCUCGGCGCCUAGUGGGGACGCUAUGGAGAUCUCAUAG